AUGACAACCGAUCUUGACUGGCGCUCUCGGGGUGAAGCAAAGCGUUUAUCAAUCCUCAGCGCGAUUCCUGAGAGAUGGCGAUUCGCGGAACCAAUCCCCCCAGCUGAGAAGCAGCGCGAUGUCACUGGGAGGUAUAUCCAGCAAUUCCUGACCGCGCGUGAAAUCGAAAUCACUGAGUCCGAUGCUGUGGACAUCGCUGCACAAACAACUACGGGCCGUUGGUCGGCUGUCGAGGUGACUGAGGCCUUCUGCCAUCGUGCUGCUUUAGCUCAUCAGUUGGUAAAUUGUCUACAUGAAAUAUUCUUCGACGCGGCUAUCGAGGAUGCAAAGAGACUCGAUGCCUAUCUUGCAGAGCACAAAGUCCCUAUCGGCCCUCUGCAUGGCCUUCCCAUCAGUCUGAAGGACCAAUUCCACGUCAAGGGAGUAGAAACCACUAUGGGCUAUGUUGGCUGGGCUGGUACAUUUGAAGGCCAGAAGGAUGACUCCCGCCGGGGCAUAUAUGAAAGCGAGCUUGUGCGCGAGCUGCGCGACCUCGGCGCCGUGCUGUACUGUAAAACCAGCGUCCCUGCUACACUCAUGGCUGGUGAGACAGUCAACAACAUCAUUGGAUAUACGUGGAACCCAAGGAAUCGGUUGCUCUCUUGUGGUGGCAGCUCUGGUGGCGAAGGUGCGCUGAUUGCACUUCGAGGGUCGCCUGCUGGCUUUGGAACUGACAUUGGAGGGAGUGUGCGUAUUCCGGCCGGCUUUAAUUUCCUGUAUGGGCUACGUCCGUCGUCUGGCAGGAUGCCUUAUCAGGGUGCCGCCAACUCUAUGGAUGGUCAGAAUACUAUACUGUCUGUUAUUGGACCACUUGCACCGACGGCGAGGUCUUUGACGCUGUUAUUCAAGAGCAUUCUUAGCCAAGAGCCCUGGUACCACGAUCCGCUCGUGCUAGAGUUACCAUGGCGGGAUACUGUUGUCGAACAGACCAGGUCUUUGAUUGAAAAGUCCAAAGCAGGCGCGCCGGCGCUUGCCUUUGCCAUCAUGCCUUGGGAUGGCAUAGCCCGCAUCGACCCACCCAUUGCUCGAGGCUUGAAGCUCGCUGAGCAAACCUUGAAAAGACUAGGCCACAAAGUGAUAGCAUGGAACCCUCCAUCUCAUGGCACGGCAAAUAUGCUCGGUGGCAAAGCGUUCAAUAUGGACGGCGGUGCCGAUAUGCGCCAUCAUUUUGGCUUAUCUGGUGAGAGAAAGCCCCCACAGAUCAUUACCACGGAAGAUGGCCCACAACUCUCUGCGACAGAGAUUGCAGCACUUAAUAUUUCCAAGCGUGAGUACCAGAAGGAAUAUAUGGAGUACUGGAACAACACUGCAGAGAUCACAGGUACCGGUCGUCCAGUAGAUGGAGUAUUAUGUCCUCUGGCGCAACAUGCUGCGGUGAAACCAAAUGAGUACGGGGCUGUGGGAUAUACCUCAUUUGUCAAUAUUCUAGACUACACCAGUGUAUCAAUUCCUGUUACGUUUGCAGACCAGAGUGUCGAUAUACGUCCAUCAGGGGCAACUCCAGCUGACCUGGAACCGCAUAUUGAUUGGGACUAUGAUGCGAACAGUUAUGAUGGAGCUCCAGUUGGGAUUCAAUUGUUGGGUCGCAGAUUGCAAGAAGAGAAAAUCCUGACCCUGGCCGAGUAUCUUGGAGAGGAGAUUGCUUUUGAUGCAGGACAUUAG